CAGUGGUUCGAGGGAGACGGCAUUUUCAGUCAAGCACUGUCUCCCCCUUCAUGACUUCCACUCUGCAUGAUGACAAGUGUCUGCCGCUGCUUCCAUUGGUCGAGGCUGCCACCAAUCAGAGGAGAGGCAUGUAAGGUGCCUUCAGGCUAUACCCAACCCCAAAAAACAAGAAGCAGCCAGAGAAAGCCAGCAUGCGAGAGGGAGCGUGCAUUUUACUGGGAGAGACCAAAUCAACGGCAGACUGCACAGUGCGUGGAAGUCCGUCCCACUGAAGCUCCCUGAGAGAUGACACCGUUCAAUAGAAAUAGCUUGCCAGCUUUUUGUUGGAGAUCACUACAAUUCCUCCUGGCUGCGGUGGAGAAGAAGAUCUUUGCCCUGUAGCCUCCCCCUAUGAUUGCCUGUCACAAUUUAGGCUUCCCCUCCUCUGUUUGACCCCCCCCCCCCCCCCCCUUUCCCCUCUCCUCUCGGCUACUUACGCCUUCCAUACAGUCCUGAGGCUUACCUGAGACACAACUGCAGAGACGCUGGACCCACUCCACCACACACACACACCCACACACACAACACAUUCACACACACUCUCCCUCCCUCCCUCCCUCCCUCUCCCUCUCUCUCUCUCUCACAUACUCACACUCAGCAUUUCACCUGGAGAGGGCAGCAGCAAGGGACGGCAUGUGCACAGCGGCAGCUGUCUCUCCUCACAUCUAGCGUUGCCCAUCUGAGUUGGCUCUUUCUGGAGAGUGGAAAGGAACUCUGAAAAGAGAUUUUUUUUUUUUUCUUUUUGGAGCCAUUGUCCCUUGGUCGACAGCAAGCAAGACGGGGGCUGUGAGGGAGCACUUGUCAACCCAGGGACACCAAAGGCAACGCACAUCAUGAUUUUGGGAGGCAUAAACCGGGCCGGGCCGGCAGUGCCCACGUUCUUGCGGACCCCCACCAUGAUCCAGCCCCACUUGGACAUGAAACACUUCCUGCAAUUCCCCAUGGAUACCACCCCUCCUCCGCACAGCAUGAGCCUCUUCCACAGCUUCAACACGAUGGACCCGGUGCAGAAGGCUGUGAUUAACCACACUUUUGGGGUUCCAGUGGUGAAGACCAAGCGGCCAGUCAUCUCCUGUAACGUUUGCCAGAUCCGCUUCAACUCAGAGAGUCAGGCAGAGGCCCAUUACAAAGGAAACCGGCAUGCCAGGAGGGUGAAAGGCAUUGAGACCUCCAAGACUCGCCCUCAGGACGGGGACAAGCCUGAUUCUGUGCCCAACGCCUCCUGCCCGUCUCCGCCCGAUGCCCCCGGCACCGUCCUAGACAGCGGGCCAAACCCAGCGGAUGAAACACAACCCCUGUCGCAAUUGAACGUGCCCCUUCUAGCCCCAGUGCCCCUUCCCCCUCUCACCACCCCACCUACUCCGCCCAUGGACUGCCCCAUGCCCUUGGUGUGCCCGCUGCUGCCCGGCCCCAUUCCCCUCCUGAACCCCCCUUCUUCAUCCCCCCCAGGCUGCGGCACUGGCAGUGCCCCCGCGGAGCAGCCGGGCUCUGGACCCCCCGUUUCCGGAGCCGGCGGCACCGCGGCGUCCGGCGCGUCCAAUCCGGAGACGGAGGAGGACAAGGCCAAGAAGCUGCUGUACUGUUCGCUGUGCAAGGUGGCGGUCAAUUCCUUGUCACAGCUGGAGGCCCACAACAAAGGUACCAAACACAAAACUAUCCUGGAAGCGCGGAGCGGGCUGGGCCCCAUCAAGGCGUAUCCUCGCCUGGGCCCCAAGCCCAUCGGAGAGCAGGCAGGGGGGGGGCCGGUGGACCCCAACACUCAGGAACGAACCUUCCACUGUGAGAUCUGCAAUGUACGGGUCAACUCUGAACUGCAACUCAAACAGCACAUAUCAAGUCGAAGGCACCGGGACGGCAUGGCGGGCAAGCCGAACCCGCUACUCAGCCGACACAAGAAGCACAGGGGAGCUGAUCUUACGUCUUCAUUGAGCUUCUCCAAGGAUCUUACCAAAGCGUUGGGUGCAAGGCUCUUGCACAACCCCUUGGCCGUUGCCGCAGCGAUGGCCGCUGCAGCUUCCUCGAAUCAGCUGGCUCUCCGUGCGGCGGCUCCCGGACACCACCCGCACCUACCGCACCUACACCACCACCCGCACCAUCACCUGUUGCAGGGCCCUCAUCUCAGCCACGCCAUCCUGAGACCCGCCCCCGGGCCCAUGCGCACCGCCCACGGGCCAAUCCUUUUCUCCCCUUACUGACACGUUACCCUCUGACCCAUGGCCAGUCAGGAGCAGUCACUCUAAAAGCACACUGUGAAGAUACAAACAUGAUCAGCAACGAGGAAAUGUUAAGGGGGUGAAAAAUCCAACCAUUUAGAUACUGAACUGAAAGAAAUGCAAGGGAAAGGAGCACCAGAAAGUAGUAGAUAUCUUUCCUCCCUUUACCUGACCCUAACAUUUCAAAGACUUCUUAAUGAUCCACAUAUGGAAUGAGCAGAGGAGAGGCUUCAUUAUGCAUUGAACUUCCCUGUAUCUGCCCCCCCCACCCCCCCCGCCCCCGCCCCCUCCCCCUCCACCUCACGGCCUCACAGAAACACACAAAGAAACACACGCACAUAUUUCUAGGAACAUUAAACUACAUGUAGUGUUGUCUAAUUAUUCCCGGCCAGGUUGGUUUCCUCCCACUAUCACGGCUCGACUGGUUCUACUCAUCCUAUGCACCUCAAAAACAGAGACAAUGAUGUAAUAUCAGUAGGGUAGCUGCUCCCAUCGGCCUUCGCUCUUUGCUUCCUGUACAUGCCACCCUCAGCGGCGGAGGACAGCAACUCUUCAGUUUGUAACACUAGGUCCUCUCUAGAUACGACGUGACUUGUGCUGACAGGAGGGUGGUAACAGCCUCUGAACACAGGGGAGGUGUGGGGGGGGGGGGGUUAAGAGAGCAGAAAAGUGACUGUGGGGGAGUCACUCUGCUGUCAUUCCCUGAGACGGUGAGGUGAGAGGAGGGUCGGGACGGAGCAGCGGAUGAAUUCACCCCCAGGCGGCGCGCAGACACACACUGGUCCAAACAAAUCUGUGUUUUAAUAUAGACUGCACCGCAGGGCACAUCUGCCAACCUCUGUAUCAAUCAGAGGUCGGCCUCACUGAAGGGGAGAGAACAUGUGAGAAAGAGCAGAAGCUGCACGUACUGUACCGCGCUAUAAGACACAUGAUCCCUGACUUUGGCUCAGCUUCCUCUAGAUGGAAAUAAUCAGUUUUGGGUCAGACAUUUGUUCACAUCAAGCCAUGAAAAAGAAAUUGAUGGACAUCUUAACAACUCCCUGGUCUUUGUUUGCAAGCGUAUUCACUGUGUGGGUGGGGAGGUAGGAUUUAGGUGUGACCCUGUGUACUGAUGUAUCUGUGUUGUUUCUGCAUGCGUUCUCUGGAUAAGAUGGUGGAGGGUCAGGCCUCUGCGUCAUUGGGUUGAACUCUUCCGUCGCUGUCCCUAACCUCCUCCUCCUCCUCCUCCUGCUCCUCCUCACGUCGCCCAUCUGCAAAGGUUCAUAUGAGUCAAUAGCAGAGGGCAAAUAAACCCUGGCAAACAUAAUGCUCAUAGAGAACAAAUCAAAGAGAGGAAGAUGAAAGCCAAAUACGUUCUUGGAGAAUUGAUCUUGAGCUGGAGUGACAACUGCGGCAGGAAGCCCAACGAGGCGCCGAGAGGUCCAGCUCAAGGCAUCAAUCAACAGUUUCCAUCUUACACCCGAAAGCCAUUAAAUGUACCAUGAUUUGUUUUCCUUUGCAAAGACUGGUGAGCACUUUGUUUCUUCGUUUGGUUUGGACUUUUGCUGUUGCAUUUAUAACUAAGGAGGAGCAAAAUAGCAGACCCGGUAGUGAUAUCUGUGUAGACAGUAAAUAUGAACUGCUUUCACAGAGAGGUGGGAAGAAGAACUUAUUGAAUGGUGUUGACUCAGACAAACUGACAUUGAGGCAGAACCUACUUGGGGGGCCAUAAACACUAGCAAAGCAGCUGCGGACUUAUCUCGCUCCGCAGCUUGAAAACUUUCCCCCUUUAUUGAACCAGAUACAGUACACUGUGCCCUUUCAUUGAGAAGCAAUGAACUCUAAUGUCUUACCUUGGUCUGCAUAUUGCAAUGCAGUGAGCAGUUUUUAUGAGUGACUUGUUAUCAUUGUGACAUGUUUGUCUGGAGUCAUGUGUAAACCCGGGAGCACGCCAGCUGAGCGACUUUUUCCCGUUCUUCCGCGAGGAGAAGACUACAAGCCCUUGGAGAAAUUUAGAGAUGGAGACGUUGGUGGGUUUAGGGACCGCCCUUCAUAUUAAAGGGCCUUUUUAAUUUGGUAAUCUCUGCUUGGGGAACAGGGUACAGCCCCAGGUAACAAGGGAUAAAAGCUACAGUUCAACAGGCUUUUUUUUUUUAUUUCGACUCCCGUGUUUUGUUUUCUUUGUGUGUGUGUGUGUGUGUGAGAAAUGCGUUUAAGUAGAAAUCCCGAGGAACAAUAUUAAUGCCAUUACGUACAGAAGAAGCUGGCUCGCUGUCAGCUCCCACCGUUGUGCUCUUUUUGUUGCUGAACGAAACCUCCUUUGCAGAGUUCAUUUUGCGAGUGAGAUACUAUUCCAGGAUCCUUUCUCUCCUUCCCGUCGGUGUGUGUGUGUGUGUGUGUGUGUGUGUUUUCCAUGUAUUCUAGUGUGUGUUGGGACCCGCUCUCUCCCUACUUCCAACCAACCACAGACAAAACCAACCCGGAGAUAAAAAAGUGGCCUAACAAAAUGAUGGAGACAGAAAUCUGCACAUGUUUGAUUGCGGAUAAUAAUGAUCAGUCGUUCUGGAUUCUAGAUUCCGGACCAAUGACCCAAUCAAACUAGUGUAGUGAUCUUGUCCUUAGCAGGUCAGUCAUGUAGCAGCCCAACAGCUGUGAUCAUACUGUGGUAAUUCCCACUUAUUCAUUGUCAUGAUUCACAUAUGGGAAGUAAAUGUUAGAUGCCUAUUUUCUGGGCAGGUAUUUCAUGUUAGCUGUGUUUAGGCUAAUAGCAUUAGCCUUAUUCUGCCCUCACCCUCUCUCAGAGCAGAGAGAGAGGAAGAGAUGGAGAGGCUAUGGUGUAAUUUUGUCUUGCCAAUAAAGUUAUUUUUGAAUUUCAAUGUCCGAGGGGACAAAGAGUUUGUAUGGCAAAUCGUAGCAAUACCUGACUCAUUCUGGCUACUCUUGUUUAUUGCAAUAAGAAAAUGAAACAAUAAAUGUGUAUGUGAGUAAAUCAUUAUCAAUGUAAUUUAAAUGAAGAAAAAAAACUUUAUGGUAAAUAGUAUCGGUAUCAAGAGAAACCAUGGUGGGAAAAAAGUACAUGUCAAUAAAUCAUUUAAUGAAACAAAG